UUCCUUUUCCAGCUUCGUCUCCCUGCCUGGUGUCCCUGCUUGUUCCAAUCUUAUUCCAUCACGAUGUCGAACAUAGUGUUAGACGAGGAAGGCCGUUCGAUGGAGCACUCUUUUUGCUUCAACGCUUCCGUGUCUCCUCCAAUGUGGAUGACCUCGAAAUCGAUUGUGUUUUGGGUGGAAGGAGUGUCUCUGGGAUUGACUGGAGUGAUUGGAAUUAUCGGAAAUAUUCUAACUGGCGUGGUUCUUUCCAAGAUCAGUCUCAAAAACGUCUUUAAUCAGCUUAUUCUAGUGUUAUGUGCUUUUGAUACGCUCUUUAAUGCGUUCUCUGUGCUCGAAUACUCACUGAAAAAGGCUUUCGGUCUCAUCUCGUACAGCACUCCCAUCUAUGUGAUUCUGUGGCCAAAGUUUAUCUACCCUCUACAAAACAUCACUUAUUCGGCGUCACUAUGCAUCACCAUGGCUAUCGCCAUCGAAAGGUACCUGGCCGUUUGCCAUCCGUUCUUUGUUCACCAAGAGCAAUCAUUGGGCGGAAAUGGGACUUGCAUAUCCUUUCGGAAGAGGACUCUUCGUUAUUUGCUCCCGGCCUUGAUGUUUGCUGUCACCAUCAACAUCCCCAAGUUUCUUGAGUUUCGGAACUUUGUCAGAUCGGAUAACGAGACUUACAUCGAACCAACCGAAAUGAGACUGGAUGCCGAUUAUCAGUUUUAUUACAUCAAUUGGACGCGAAUGACAUUGACCGCGUUUUUGCCCUUUGUUUUACUGGCUUUCCUCAACAGUCGGAUCAUUUUCGAAAUCAGGAAGGCCGAAAAACUCUCGAGCCAAAACCUCCAAGGGGAUUCCCGAGUUUCCACCAACAGGAGAGAAGCCAAAUUGGCUCGCAUUUUGGUGCUGCUGGUGUUCUCUUUUCUUUUUUGCAAUCUGGGCAAGCUAUUGCUGAAUAUCUACGACAUUGGCAGCCUGGCCAAGAUCCGAACCUGCACUGAGAUGGGUCUGAUAUUCCGCUCACCGCAAUGGGUGAUCUCUCUCAUUUCAGUCAAUCAUCUUUUGGUGGUGAUGAAUUCCUCGGCCAAUUUAUUGCUGUUCUCCGUAAUUGGAACACAAUUUCGAGCCACUCUUCUCGCCAUCCUUCACCUCCGGCCCACUCCGCCCAGAAUGCAUUCAAAAUGGAUCUCCCGUGUUCAGUCGGCAAAUGACCCCGAGGCCAAGAUGGAACAGUCCCAGCUUUAAUGAGCAUCAUGAUGUAUCCCUAAUCGUGCACACGUCAGUGUUUUAAAUAUGAUCACAAGCAUGAGGGCUUCCUCAAAAGCUAAACAGAACAACAACAAGAAAGAUUUGAUCCUCGCGAGUGUUUUUCGACAUCAGCGGUUGCCGAGUCAGACACAAGAAGAGUUAGACAACUCCAUUCUAAGGAAACCAACGACAGGUUUCAGACACAGUGAUAACUUGCACUCCUUGGCUCUCGGACGGAUAUCGAGUUGUAAAUUGGUACUAUGGAGCAAAAUGUACUUUUUCCAAUAUCAAGACCUCGCAUUGAAAGAGAUGUGAUAACGCCAAAGCCAAAAGAGUGAAAGGGGUUUUCAUCGAGUGAUUGGAAUUUCCUUUGACCCAUCCAUCAGCCAAAAAACUAGGAGGGUCUAUAUGGAAAUGAAAUUCUGAUGCCAUCACUGCCGAGUACAACCACUAUCUGGAACAAGAUUCAGAGGACUUCGCAAAGAGGGAACUUUGGCGAGAUCAGUUGGAAACCAGCUGGAGUGUCAUUUUAUCACUACUUGACAUUUCCCAGGAGGGCUUUGGUCCAACCACUUGUGACAGACAGAAGAGUACCGCACAUUGAGUAGGAGGGAAAUGUGCCUCUCUCCAACCAAUACCAAGUCCCAGCAAUUAAACACGAAAGAUAAAUUGACAUGAACCCUACCUCUAUUUACAUCCAAUGAUUCAUCCUUUUUGUAGAGAUGUUGUUUUGUUCGUGUAAUGGUGUGUUUAACACAAUGUUAUGAAUAAAAAAACAAUAUAAAAGA